AUGCAAGUUCCGAGACUACUUCGGGUCGGACAUUACCGAGGAAGUGGUCAAGAAGCUGGAGGAGGUCUAUCCGGAGUUCCUCAAUUUCAAUCUGUGACGCUGUUCCCUCCUGCUGAAGGAGGCGGCGAGGGACUGGCGAAGUGGGCCGGAACGCGCUUCCUGGGCCGCAUCCCGAUGUUUACAGCCGUGGAGCAAGCUGGAGAGAAGGGAGAAUGCGUGAUCAACCAGGGAGGAAGCGCGUCGGUGGUGGUGUCGAAGAUUGUGAACGAGAUCGUGGCGUUGGUUAGUAAUAAGUAAUUAUCA